AUGUCCUCCGCCAAGUCUCGUGGCGCAUGGACGAGCUCACCACCUCCCAUCUGCCAGUCUCCGCCAUGCCUGUCAGCUCUGCGCCCCCCGCGCCCGUGCUCCCCUUCAACCUGGCGCGCGCCCCCUGGUCGCAGCUCCCCGCGCCGCCUCGUGUGUCCGACUCCGCCGCCGUCACCCCGUCUGCGGUUCCCGCCCCGCCGGCCCUCCCACACUUUACGCCGCACCCGCCGCAGUACGCCCGCAUUCCCCCGCCGUGCCCGCCGCACCGAGAGAACAUUCGUCCACGCGUGGAGAGCCCCGAGCUUCUGUCGCAGGCGAACAAACGCCCGCGAUGUAGCUAGAGUCGUCGCAUACGCUUCCUUUGCCCAACGUUAGCACUUCCCUUGCAAGACGUGCUCCCCUGUCACCACGCCAGCUUGGCUAUGCACAAACUUGCAAACUGCUUCGCUUGCCGUUGUAGUGCUUGAACGCCGCCGUUUAGCGGCAUCCUUGUAAAAGAAAAAAUGGCCUAUCCGUUUCUGAA